CCCUCUCUCUCUCUGCCUAAUAUGGCUUCUCUCAACUGCUCCGCCGCCGACCUCACCCCCCUCCUCGCCGGUGCAGCUACCAACACCACUGCCGUCGCCGACUACCUCUGCUCCCGCUUUGACGCCAUCGCCGCCAAACUCUCCGACACCACCUACGCCGUCGAUUCCACCUACCUUCUCUUCUCUGCCUACCUUGUCUUCGCCAUGCAGCUCGGCUUCGCCAUGCUCUGCGCCGGUUCCGUCCGCGCUAAAAACACCAUGAACAUCAUGCUCACCAACGUCCUCGACGCUGCUGCCGGAGCCAUCUCCUAUUACCUCUUCGGCUUCGCUUUCGCCUUUGGCUCUCCCUCCAACGGCUUCAUCGGCCGUCAUUUCUUUGGCUUAAAGGAUUUUCCUUCAUCCUCUUUCGACUACAGCUACUUCCUCUACCAAUGGGCCUUCGCUAUUGCGGCCGCCGGCAUCACCAGCGGCUCCAUAGCGGAGCGGACCCAGUUCGUGGCUUACCUCAUUUACUCUUCUUUCUUGACUGGCUUUGUUUACCCGGUUGUUUCACACUGGUUUUGGUCCCCUGAUGGCUGGGCCAGCCCGACCCGGUCCAACGGAGACCUUCUAUUCGGAUCGGGAGCCAUAGAUUUUGCCGGGUCGGGUGUGGUUCAUAUGGUGGGCGGCAUUGCAGGUCUGUGGGGAGCCUUAAUUGAAGGACCCAGGAUCGGACGGUUCGACAGGACCGGCCGAUCUAUAACUUUACGAGGGCAUAGUGCUUCUUUGGUUGUGCUCGGUUCGUUUUUGCUUUGGUUCGGUUGGUACGGGUUCAACCCCGGUUCGUUCAUCACGAUAUUAAAAUCAUACGGUGAGAGUAGGGGGUAUUAUGGUCAAUGGAGCGCAGUUGGGAGGACAGCCGUCACAACUACAUUGGCUGGGUGCACAGCGGCGCUCACCACCUUAUUUGGCAAACGCCUAUUGGUGGGUCACUGGAACGUGACAGAUGUCUGUAACGGUCUCUUAGGAGGUUUUGCGGCCAUCACCUCUGGGUGCUCCGUGGUGGAACCAUGGGCGGCGAUUGUGUGCGGGUUCGUGGCAGCUUGGGUUCUCAUGGGAUGCAACAAGCUAGCGGAGAGAGUAGAGUACGAUGAUCCCCUAGAGGCGGCGCAGCUUCAUGGGGGGUGCGGCGCGUGGGGGUUGUUGUUCACGGGACUGUUCGCGACGAAGAAGUAUGUGAGAGAGGUGUAUGCGGGGCCGUCGGAUAGACCGUACGGGUUGCUGAUGGGCGGCGGUGGGAAGCUGCUUGCAGCUCAGUUUAUUCAGAUAAUAGUGGUGUCCGGAUGGGUGACGGCAACAAUGGGCCCAUUGUUUUACGCACUGCAUAAGCUGAAAUUGUUGAGGAUCUCUAGCGAAGAUGAGAUGGCAGGAAUGGAUCUGACCAGGCACGGUGGAUUUGCUUAUGUGUACAACGAGGAUGAUGAGUUGACACUUAAACCGGGUCUUCCCUUGGGGAGGGUGGAGCCUACCAACUCUCAUCAGAAUUCACCACCACAACCAGCCGUGUGAUUUGGGGGGUUUCAUGCCAGAUGCCUUCAAAUUAAAAUAAAAGACGAGUGUACUUUGCAUUGUAUAAUUAUCACAAUAAAUUUUGUAGCAAAAUAUAAAUAUAGUUGAGGUGAAUUAACUUUUGUAAAAGUUAAUAAUUAUUUUUAAUUUAAUUAAAGCCCAUAUAUUAAUUAGCUUUC